AUGGAGCCGGGUGGAGCAACGUUGUGCAGCGUGCUGCAGCGUGAAGCACCUACUCCUUCUCCUCCUCCUCCUCCUCCUCCUCCUCCUCCUCCUCCUCCUCCUCCUCCUCCUCCUCCUCCUCCUCCUCCUCCUCCUCCUCCUCCUCUUCCCUUCCUUUCUCUUCCUCUCUCCACCACCUUCGGAUUCCUUCUCACUCAUGACGCUGCUGGAGAAAUGUGGAGGAGGGGGGCAGCAGAGAAGACAGCAGAGGAGGAGAGGAGGAGCCGAGGAGAAGAGGAGGACUGGAGGGAUCAUGCCAGCACUCGCUGCGACUCCAGAGAGGAGCACAAGCGUCACCUCUGCUCUUUGCUGAAUGUGGAGGAGAGGAGGAGCAGAGGAGUCAACAAAGGAGAACAAAGGAGCAGAGGAGCAGCUGAUGCUUACGGACACGUUGCUGAGGUGGUCGGGCGCGUGGCUGAGGUGGACGGACACGUGGCUGAGGUGGACGGGCGAGCGCGGUGGGAUGACGCACGGCCGGCAGCCACUGGCGUGUGGCUGCCUCUACCCGCCCUGCUGACCACGGUCGAGGAGCAUUGGAGUCUCGUGGGCAGCAAAGCAACUGGGAAGUCUCUUUCCCCUCGCCUUCCCUUCUCGUCACCCACCCUCCAUUCCAACCAUGGGUUCUUCACUCGGGAGGAGCAGAGGAGCCUGCAGAGGACGGCAGAAGUGACUCGGGAGGCAACAGCAAUGAGAGGGAGAAGCGAGGGGUGGGAUGACGCACGGCCGGCAGCCACAUGGCUGCCUCCUACCCGCCCUGCUGACCACCCGCUCUGCUCGAGGCGGGCACUUCGGGCAACGAGCCGGCGCGGAGGCAAGGAGGCGGUACUUCAGCAGAGGUGUAGUGCGGUGUGGAAUGGUAUGGUGCGGUAUGAGGAGGAGGCGGACACUUCGGGCAACGAGCCGGCGCGGAGGCAAGGAGGCGGCACUUCAGCAGAGGAGGCGGACACUUCGGGCAACGAGCCGGCGCGGAGGCAAGGAGGCGGCACUUCAGCAGAGGUGUGUAGCACUUCAGCGAGGAGGACGGGCGAGCGCGGUGGGAUGACGCACGGCCGGCAGCCACUGGCUUGUGGCUGCCUCCUACUCGCCCUGCUGACCACCCGCUCAAGGCAAGGAGGACACUUGGGGCAAGGAGGUAAGCACGCGACUCUUGGGGCUCGAGGCAAGGAGGUCACUUGGGGAAUGGAGGAGGAGGCAACCAGGCGGCACUUCAGCUUUGACGCCCAACCUGACCUGCACUCCGUCCUCAUCCCCUUCCCACCGUCGAGGAAGGCGCACGGGGAGUCUACAGCGUCAUCGACAUUCUUGGAGGGUCAACACCAUCACCGUCAUGUAAGUCUCUGCUUUGGCAGGUCGGCGGGGGAGCAGCAGCUUGGAGGGUCAACACCGUCACCGACAUGUAAGUCUCUGCUUUGGCAGGUCGGCGGGGGAGCAGCAGCUUGGAGGGUCAACACCGUCACCGACAUGUAA